ACCUGGCUCAGAGCUGCUCCUCAGCACCAGCUGCUGGACUGGACAAGAUUUUAGGGAAGGUGCAGCCACAUACCAGGAAGAGCCUGGCAUCCGCAAUGACCCGUGAGCAGCUGUUCCUGCAGCUGGGCCUGCCCCUCAAGCAUGCUGAGCCUGUCCUUCACAGCCCCGUGGUGCUAACCCAGGGCCCCAAGACCACCAGGAAGCAUCUCUUCCUCUUCAGGGACUGGCUGGUCAUUGCCAAGCAGAGGUGCUUAGAGAUUUCAAAGAAUUCAAAACCCACCUGGCAUCCUUCCCCCGGAUCCCAGCCCGGGAUGUGUUGUUUUCAGAGACCUGAGAAAACCCCAGGGAGACACAAACAGCAGCUGGGGAAAUCCUGCCACGGCUCAGAACGCACCCUUGUCACCGGCUCCGCGGGCGCCCAGCUGAGCUCCUGAACGUGGCUCUGGGCUGCGGGCUGGUACCCAGGGCACUCGCAGGUGUGUGGCCUGAACCACCCCCACUUUGUAUUCCGGAACUCCCUGAGUUCCCCUUGUAAACAGCCUCAGCGUGCUCCCCAGCAGCCAGGAGGACAGGGAAAGGUCAGUGUGGGGUGUGCGGGAAACGCGCAGGGUUGGCAUGGACGGUUAGCGUCAAACACACCAGCAAGCCCUGGCCCCGGCGGCCUGGCUAGAGGCACACACGGGCCACCGCACCCGGAGACCUCCCCAGGCCUGGCCAUGGGGCUUC